AUGACAACGCAAAAGAAGCCUGGCGGUCACUGGAGCGCUGAGAAUCCUAUACCUACUAUUCAGAAAUUCGUGGAAAGCCUAGAUAGGGAUAAAAGAGAGCGGGAUAGACAAAUCGAUGAAGCCGCUAAGGUGCAUGCCAGAGAAGAACGACAUAAUAAGCAUCAUGCAGCAGAAGCUACGCCGCAUAAGCCUAGCCCUACAUCCAACAAUAGAAGACGAAGAGUCACAGACCCUACCACUGGGAAAGAGGUUGAGAUAGAUGACGUUGGUAAAGAAUUCAUGAAAACCCUAGACGAGCCCAAACUCACCGUUCCGAAUGCAAAUCUUUUGUUGCCAACUAAAGUACAAACACAACAUGAUCAGCCGUUUUCAGAAUAUAAAUACAAUCAAGAUAUCACUUCACCUCCGGACCCCAUUGCUGAGGGAACAACUUCGGAUGUUCCAAUCCACGGCGAAAAGACCAACAUUCUAUUCCACCCCACACCGUCUGUGAGCUAUGAGCCAAUGUUUAAAUCUUUGGAAAAGCGGGGCGGCGUGCUAUGUAUGGCUAUAUUCGCAGGUAUUCUGAUCAUUGGAAAAAUCUCUGGAGCGUCCUUAAAAUGGAUGAUCCUGUUGUCUUGCAGUGUUGUUUCAGCAGUUUGGCUUUGGAUCCAAGAUGUCAUCCAAAAGGGGAGGAGUCAAGAAUGGAGCAGUGAAAAACUUCGAGGGCAAACGGCUACAGCAAACUUGCUGCCAGAGUCUGUGGAGUGGCUCAAUCGUUUUCUUGAAGUAGCAUGGGGUCUUUUGAAUCCUGAUAUGUUUGCAAGCGUUGCUGAUACUAUCGAAGACGUCAUGCAAGCAUCCGUACCAGGGAUCAUUGAAAAUGUUCGAGUUGCUGAGAUUGAUCAGGGGUCAAAUCCAUUCCGAGUCCUCAGUCUAAGAGCACUCCCGGAAAGCCAGGCGACAAAUUUGGCAAAUGGAAUGCGUGAGGAGAAUCUAAAAAUGAAAACCCAGGACGAAGCUACUGCUGAGGAAGAGGGUGGUGAAGUUUAUAAUAUUGAAUGUUCGUUCGCAUACCACGCCAAACCUACAGGUAAUACGUCAUCCGCCAAAGCAGCCAAUAUGCAUAUGAUGUUGGUAUUUUAUCUUGGAAUCAAGGGCCUCUUCGGCGUGCCUCUGCCAAUUUUUACAGAGUUGAUAGAAGUCGUUGGUACUAUUCGACUUCGACUGCAACUUACACCUCAACCACCUUUUGCGAAAACACUGACCUUUAGCUUGAUGGGGCUUCCCCAUGUCAGAGCCGGCUGCGUUCCAAUGGUGAAGCAUGGGGUUAACAUUUUGAAUUUACCACUCAUAUCUAACUUCGUUAAUUAUGCCAUUGGAGCUGCUGCAAGUUUAUACGUCGCCCCAAAAUCCAUGACAAUGGAUAUUGCACAGUUACUACAAGGAGAUGAUAUCCAAAAAGACACCUUUGCGCUAGGGAUUCUCUGGGUGAGGGUGCAUCGCGCUGUUGGUUUGAGCAAACAAGACAAACGAGGAAGCAAAGGAGGUGGAAGUGAUCCGUAUAUCAACCUAUCAUUUUCAAAAUAUGGGAAACCCAUGUAUUGCACCAGAGUUAUUUGUGACGAUCUUAACCCUGUGUGGGAGGAGUCCGCGGCUCUUUUAGUAUCUCCAGAGAUCAUUAAAGCCGACGAACAACUAAGUAUUGAAUUAUGGGAUUCUGAUCGAAACACGGCUGACGACAUUGUCGGCAAAGUCGAACUUUCGGUUCAGAAGAUGAUUCAACACCCUGGGAAAAUGUACCGUAUGGUGUCCAAACUGUGCGGGAUGGAUGUUGGCUCUGAGAUGCCGGGAGAACUUCACUGGGAAGUUGGUUACUUUGGAAAACCGCGCAUGCGACAGCAAUUGCGAACUGAUGGAAAGAGUAAAGACUUACCAGGCAAAAUGAAAGAUGAUCCAAAGUUACAAGACGAGAUGGGCAAUAUUAUGAAUGAAGAUCAGGAUGCUGUGAUGCAUACUCCACCGGAUCCUCUCUGGCCAAGUGGAAUAUGUAGUAUAGUUGUUCAUCAGAUUGUCAACCUACAAUUUGCAAGAAUCAAGGGAACUCUGGGGAACCGAAAAGGCCGCGAUUAUGAUCCAGCUCGAGAAUAUGGCGAGAAUACGGAUGAGGAAGGGAAAGAUCUGCCAACGAGUUAUUGCACAAUAAUGUUGAAUGACAAUUUGGUGUAUCGAACACGGGCCAAGGCUGUUUCAAGCAAACCCAUUUUCAAUGCCGGCACCGAAAGGUUUAUUAGAGACUGGCGGUCUGCUCUCAUCACUAUCGUAGUGCGUGAUCAGAGAUACCGCCAGCACGACCCUAUUUUAGGAGUUGUUCCCCUCAAACUCUCUAAUAUAUUACAGUCUCGAUCGCAAGUAACAAGAUGGUACCCUCUGGAUGGUGGUGUUGGUUACGGCCGCAUUCGUGUGUCGUUAUUGUUUCAAAGUAUAGAAACUCGCCUUCCGCGCCAGCUCCUUGGCUGGGAUGUCGGUACUUUUGAGCUGCUCUCUGACCGUCUUAUUGCCAAGGGGUUUAAUCAAACUUUCAAAAUAAAACUGCGUACAAGUGGGAGCGCUUGUUCAAUUCCUCGAUCCGCCUGUCACCCUCUCAAAGAUCAAAGUGGAUUCUAUGUUGAUUUGACUUCAGAAGCCUUGAAGCAUGAUACCCGCCUACCAGUACAGCAUCGCUACAGAUCUGCAGUAGUCUUAGAGCUACAUGGCAGCGGCAGCUCUGAUACAGGUUUCGUUAUCAUCUGGCUGCAAGAUAUUACAGACAAUGAAACUGCCGUUCUCAACUUGCCGAUAUGGACAACCAGAAAUCCGCAACGACUAACCCAAAAUUUCAUCAAGGAGGAUAACUGUGAGCAAAAGCGCAGUCCUGGCCUGGAAGAUUUGACGAUAGUGGGCCGGUUAGAAGUGUCGUGCCGUUUCUCACCUGGGUUGAGUGAUGCGCAUGAGUCUCUAGUCACUGACAAUACUAUGAGAGAGACAUACGAAGCUUGGGAAGCUUGUAUUGCUGAAGGUGUCCGCGGACGAAAGAUCGUGGCGGAAGUUCCAGAUCAUAUCAAACAGCUGCAUGAAAAGGCAUUACUGAACGACAUAGGUGGGCUAGGAACUCAGAAAAUUGAAAAGGAAGAAGGCCAUAAUGAUCAAUGGUACCGUGAGCAUGGUUUUGACUGGUCACUAGCAUUUGGUGAAGAUCCAAGUGCUAUUGCCGACUUUAGUCGAAGUCGUGAUGACGACUCCGAUGACAUAUCCGAAAGCCUCCAGGCUGAGAGCUUAGAUACUCAAAAUCAAGAGAAUGUCGAGAAAAAUGAUACCAGCGAACCUACAACUCAAGCAAAUGACUCUCAACGCACCGACGAGGACAGGAAUGAGAUUGAGUCUAUGACCACCAACACAGAUUCUCACGCCGGAGAUUUUGAAACGAAGGAAGAGCGGCGUCAGCGUUUAGGCAAUAAGCAAAAUAAACGGACAGAGAAGCGCAAGCUUCGGGGUUCCAUGCAAUGGGCACCGGUGCGAAACGCAGCAUUCGUGAAAGACGAGGCCACCUUUGCUUUGAAAAAGGUGAAACACAAAAUGACUGGUGGGCUGGUAGGAAGGGAACCUGAUAUUGAAACCGAAAUCGGAUGA